CAAACUACACACGUGUUGUAACGCUUUUACUAUUACUUUUAUCGUGUAACGGUAUUUCACUGCGUACGUGUGAACAGGAAAGCGAAAUAAUCUGGUUGUUUUGUUUUAAAUGGGGCGGGGCUAACCCCCCCAACACACACACACACAUUUAUCUUCUCACACACAACUCCACUGUAACACUCGACCGCGGGGCUCGUAAACCUCCGUGACCACCGUUGAGAUAAGCCGCUAGCCGGCCCUCACCAGGCGAUAGGAAAUGAAGAGGAGGCUACAUAAGAAAUACUUGGUUUUAAUCCUGGUAUAUUCAGGUUUACUUCUCCUAAUCCCGUACGUGUUAGAUUACAGAGAUAAAUCCGAGCAAAACGAUAAACAUGGACUGCCCCAGCAACAGCCCAGAUGCCCAGACUUGGAUAACACAGCGUUGCUGUGGGAUAACGGUUACAAAGUUAACGCUAGCGAAGCGACGGUGCACGCAGUCAACCGGAGCCAAUCUCGGACAAACAUCUACUUGCAUGCCACCUGGAGGACUGGCUCUUCGUUUCUGGGGGAGUUGUUCAACCAGCACCCCGAUGUUUUCUACCUAUACGAGCCAAUGUGGCACAUAUGGCAGGCUCUGUAUCCGGGGGACGCGGGCAGUCUGCAGGGCGCAGUGCGGGACAUGAUGAACGCUCUGUACCGCUGCGAUUUCUCCGUCCUCAAACUUUACGCCGGCUCGCAAAACAUCACCACUUCGUUCAUAUUCGGCUGGAAAAUGAACAAAGUGAUAUGCUCGGAGCCGCUGUGCGAUGCGCACAAGCGACACGAAAUCGGGCUGGUGAAAGAGGACCAGUGCGCAAAGUGCCAAAGGCGGGACAUUAGGGAGCUGGAGAAGGAGUGUAAGAAGUACCCGGUGAUGGUGAUUAAAGGAGUCCGCGUUUUGGACCUGAGCACGCUGAUUCCUUUGAUGAGAGACCCAGGGUUAAACCUCCAGAUCAUUCAGCUCUUCAGGGACCCGAGGGCCGUGCACAACUCCCGCUUAAAGUCCAAACUGGCUCUGGUGAAGGAGAGCAUCCAGGUGCUGAGGAGCAAGAAGCAGAACGACAAGUACAAGCGGCUGCUCGUGCCGAACAACAGGGUGAACCGGGCCGAGAGUUACGUCUCCAGCGCCAUGGAGCUCAUCUGUGACAACUGGCUCAGUGACAUGAUGAUGGUGAUGAACUCGCCCCCCUGGGUGUGGAGGAACUACCUCCGCAUCCGCUACGAAGACCUGGUCCUGAACCCCUUGGAGGAGCUCCAGAGGCUGCUCCACUUCUCCAACCUGUCCACCUUCCCUGCUCUGGAGAAGUUUGCGCUGAACAUGACGCACGGCCAGGGCUAUUCCUCGGACAAGCCGUUCCGGAUUUCAUCCAGGGAUGCAAAAGAGGCAAUAUAUGCUUGGAGGGAGCGGCUCAGCGUUCUGCAGAUCAACCAGGUGGAGGCCUACUGCAGCGAAGUCAUGAGGCAGCUGGGCUACGAGAAGAGCAACACGGACAGAACAACAUGAGGAAGUCUUGGGCAAUCCACUGGUUAAGGGGCCCGGUAUUCAACACUGGGGGAACAAGGUGGAACAGCAAACAAGCAGCUGGAAUGUGGACUACAGGGAGCUCCGAAGCAUGGCUCUUGGGUUUGUUUUCCUUCAGCCGAGGCGGGUCGAUGAACUGGAGAAAGUCCAAGUGAAGAAAAGCAGCCAAUCACAGACAGUUGAAUUUUGAAACGGGGAGAAGGCAGCUUAUUUUUAUUUUAUUUUAUUUUUUUACAGUGUUACAUGUUUAACACCAGCAGGAUGUAUGCAUAUAGAGAGGACGUGGGAGAUGAAAUAAACAAGAAGAGAGAGGUGAGGCUGGUUAGUUACACCGGCCAGCCUCUAUCCUUCUGUCCUUUUUGGUAGCACUAAUCCCUCCUCAAAUCCCAUGCAGGCAAGUGCCAUAAAAAGCCUGAGACUGGUCUUGGGAGAGGAUCCAGGGUGGCAGCGUUGGGUUUGCUCUCACCUUCGCUGCUUAUCCGUCCAGCCUAAGACUUAACCGCAGUUGGCUCACUUACAAUGCCAAUGUCUUUGAAAUCUUUGAAA